AUGUCGUCCCCUAAGCCCACGGGCCCCGAAAUUCACAACGCCGUCAACCUGUUAAUUGACAAUUUGGUCAACAUCAAAGACGAGACAGGAAGAUUCCUGUUGCCACUUGCUGAUGGGCGCAUUAUUGAUACCAAGUCAUGGCAGGGUUGGGAGUGGACACACGGAAUUGGACUGUACGGCGUGUGGAAGUACUACGAACUGACGGGCGACGAGAGAUUGUUGCGCAUCAUCGAAGACUGGUUUGCUGCACGGUUUGCGGAAGGUGGCACCACCAAGAAUAUCAACACAAUGGCCGCCUUUUUGACUCUCGCUUACGUUUAUGAGAAGACCGGCAAUGUCACCUACCUGCCGUGGCUCGAUGCAUGGGCUGAGUGGGCGAUGCACGAACUCCCCCGCACCCGCUACGGUGGCAUGCAGCAUAUGACUUAUCUCACAGAGAAUUACCAGCAGCUCUGGGAUGAUACUUUGAUGAUGACUGUUAUGCCACUUGCGAAGAUCGGAAAACUUCUGAACCGACCCCAAUAUAUCGAAGAGGCGAAAAAGCAAUUCCUCACUCACAUCAAAUAUCUUUUCGAUACAAAGACUGGCCUCUGGUUCCACGGCUGGACAUUUGAGGAUGGCGGACACAACUUUGCAGAUGCGCGCUGGGCCCGUGGCAACAGCUGGGUCACAAUCGUCAUUCCCGAGGUCAUCGAGUUGCUCGACCUCCAGCCAAAUGAUCCUACCCGUCUUCACCUGAUAGAUACCCUUGAGGCACAGUGCGAGGCCCUUCAGCGUCUUCAGUCAUCAUCCGGCGCGUGGCACACUCUCCUUGAUCACCCCGACUCGUACUUGGAAUCCUCUGCGACUGCUGGAUUUGCCUACGGUAUCCUCAAGGCCGUUCGGAAACGCUACAUCGGUGCCCAGUACCGCCCCGUUGCUGAAAAAGCUAUUGCUGCGGUGAUGGGAUAUGUGGAUGAAAAAGGAGAAUUGCAGAAUACCAGCUUUGGCACUGGGAUGGGUGAUUGUCUUGACUUCUACAAGAAGAUUCCAUUGACCUCAAUGCCUUAUGGCCAGGCUAUGGCUAUUAUGGCUUUGGGUGAAGCCUUGCGUGCUCUGUUGUGA